CAACAUUCUAGGUUUCAAGACACAGCUAGUGUUUUAAAAUUGAGAAACGUUGAUUUGGAGGAAUAUACGGCAGGGCACAAUGUGAGUACUUGGCAAACACAAUGAUCAAUUCAACCAGGCCGGAUAUUAACUUAUCAAGUGUAAGAGGUUUAGUUCAGCAAGAACUGGCUCUUUGUCUGGCAGAGCAGAGGUAUGAAUCAUGGCAUCCUGAUUUGUCAGUAUAAUUUAUCCUUGUGCUGUUUUCUGCUUCUCGUUGCAGCUCAUUUUUGUUAUUGAUCCAGAGUUUCACCAUGCCAAGUGGAGUUUUGGGCCGUCUUAGUGCAUUGACAUUGAGUAUACAGCAGCUGGGUCAGUUACCACACUUGUCGAACUGGCUGCCCAGUCUACCUUUACCUCAAGCCACCGUACUCGCCUCUGAUGUGCCGAGCCUGUUUCGUGAGCCCUACAUCUUGUCUGGCUAUCGUCCUGUGCGUCAGGAAUGGCUGAGCUACUUCUGUAGCCUCUUUCAAUGUCACAAUGAGUCGCUCAAUGUAUGGACACACCUUCUGGCGAUCCCUGCGCUUCUACUUCACUUUUUUUUAUUCGCAGGGGCAUCGGGGCUAACGCUCAAUGUGGCGUCUUUGCCUCUGUUUUUGUACAUGUUGUCGUCACUUACCUACCUCAAUUUCAGCGUGGCCGCCCACCUGCUUCAGUCACACUCUGAGCUGGCCCAUUACUCCCUCUUCUUCGUAGACUACGUUGGCAUAGCUGUUUACCAAUAUGGCUGUGCACUAGGCCACUAUUUUUACUGUUCUGAGCCAGAAUGGAGACACAGCCUAGUGGGAGCUUUGUUUCUACCCGGUGCCGCGGUGCUGGCCUGGUUGUCCUGCGCCAGUUGCUGCUACGCCAAAUUCCGUUACCGCCGUCCAUACCCCCUCCACCGGAAGAUCUGCCAGAUCAUUCCCACCAGCCUGGCUUACUUGCUCGACAUAAGCCCUGUUGCUCACCGCCUGGUCACCAGAUCUUGGGACGAGCCAGUGUUGGUGUUUCACGCCCUGCAAGUGGUGUUUUUUGUGUUAUCGGCUCUGUUUUUCUCUUGCCCAGUUCCUGAGCGCUUCUUUCCAGGGAGAUGUGACAUUGUGGGCCACGGACAUCAGAUCUUCCACAUCUUCCUGGCCAUGUGUACUAUGUGCCAGCUGGAAGCAAUGUUUAGAGACUAUCUGGUGCAUCAGCAGUCUGGAGUAGGUGUGCAUGGAGAACACUUCAUUUUACUGGCUGGAGGAUCCUUCUUCUUAUUGGUGCUGUGCUGUGUUCUGACUGCAGUUCUAAUGACAGGAGCUGUGCAAAGACAGCUGAAGAAAAAAGACUGCUAAACAUUUUGAGAAGAUUUUAUUUUAGUUAUAUAGUAC